AUGCCAGCUCAUGUUCGCUCGUCAAGCACAGCUUUCCUUUGCACGGUUGUUCUGACAGUCCUCGAUGAAUAUGGAAACGAGUAUGCCGCUCGAGCACUCAUCGAUUCCGGAUCCCAAUCCAACUUAAUAUCCAAGAAGCUGGCUCGUCGUCUGAAUCUGAAAACAGAACGAACCAAUAUCCUCAUCAGUGGUGUUGGGGAGUCGAUGACCACGGUGUCACAGCUAGUCUAUGCAACUAUCCGCUCACGAGACGAGUAUUACACUAGUGAAUUGGAGUUCCUAGUCGUUGGAGUAGUAGUUGGAGUCGUGGCGGAUGUGGAGAAAAUGUACCGGCAGAUUGGAGUUGUACGCAUCGACCGAUCGCUCAUCCGAAUUCUCUUCAGAAAAAAACCAACAGAUCCAAUCUCCACGUUCGAGCUUCAGACCGUUACAUAUGGUACAUCCUCUGCACCAUUCCUCGCCACUCGAACCCUAGUCCAACUCGCCAACGAUGAAGGUGAGAAUUUCCCGAUGGCGAAGAAGGCCGUUUUAGAAGACUUUUACGUCGACGACCUCAUCAGCGGUGCCGAAACCCCAGAAGAAGCCAUCGAACUUCGUCGCCAGCUCAGUGAAAUGCUACAUUCCGCCGGUUUUCCAUUGAGGAAAUGGGCCUCCAAUAGCUCAGCCGUCCUGACCGAAAUUCCUUCGGACGAACUAGCAAUCCAACCGUUCUACGAGUUCUCCGAUGAACAGUCGGUGACCACCCUCGGGCUGAUCUGGGAACCGAAGUCCGAUACACUGCGAUUCCGAAUCCAGCUUCCAAUUCCUGCUACCGUGCUCACCAGACGAAACGUCCUUUCGUAUAUCGCGCAGAUCUACGACCCACUGGGCCUCGCCGGUCCGGUUAUCUCCAUCGCCAAGCAGUUCAUGCAACGCCUGUGGGCGUUGACGACCAACGACGGGAAGACUUACGCUUGGGAUGAUCCACUUCCACCAAGACUCCAAACCGAAUGGAAAACGUUCCAUGAUCAGCUGAAUCUCUUGAGUAACGUACGAAUUCCCCGAUUUGUCUCGGUGGCCGGUGCAACCAACAUCCAACUACACUUCUUUUCGGAUGCUUCCGAGAAGGCUUACGGUGCAUGUGUAUACAUGCGCUCCGAAGAUAAACAUCAGAACAUUUAUGUCCAUUUGCUGGCAGCAAAGUCAAGAGUCACGCCUUUGAAGACUCGCCAUUCCAUUGCGCGCUUGGAACUCUGCGCGGCGGUUUUGUCUACGGAACUCUUCCAAAAGGUAAUUGCUUCCCUAAAAUCAGACUGUCCUGUAUUCUUUUGGGUAGAUUCCACGACGGUGCUGCAGUGGUUAAAGUCAUCACCGGCCUGCUGGAAGGUAUUCGUGGGCAAUCGAGUCUCAAAAAUCCAACAAGCUACGGUGGGAAAUCCAUGGAAUCACGUCGCUGGGUCCGACAAUCCGGCCGAUGACAUCUCGCGUGGCCUUACUCCGGCUGAUCUUCUCCACUGCGAACGCUGGUGGACCGGACCAACAUGGUUGAAGCUUCCGUCGGACCUGUGGCCAAACCAAUCCAUCGGAGGCGAUAAUACUUCAACAACCGUCGCUGAAGAACGCAAGAUUUCUCUAGUAGCCAGCGCAGCACAAUCCAACGAGUUCUCUGAAUUCUUAUUUGGUCGCUUCUCGGCAUACUCCAAGCUACGCCGAAUCGUCGUUUAUGUUUCCCGCUACCUGCGUGCACUGCACGCAUCAGCCGCAAGCAACCAUCCAAAUGGUGCUUGUGCAGUCUCAUCGAAGUCUCUGGUACAAACCGCCGCAUUCCUCACAACGUCGGAACUACGGGAGGCCGAAAUCGCCAUAUGUCGCCUGGCUCAGCGCGAUACGUUCUUUGGAGAAGUGGCAGCUCUACGAAACGGUAUACUAGUUGAUAAAUCUUCGUCGAUGAAUUGGCUCAACCCGAUCAUUAGCAUAAACGACGUCAUUCGGGUCGGUGGACGACUCGAAAACUCCAAGGCUGCUGAAGAUACCAAACACCCAAUCAUCAUUUCCGGCAAGCACCCGCUGGCCACGCUACUGGUCAACCACUACCAUCGAUUGCUACUGCAUGCCGGACCCCAGCUGAUGAUGUGCACCAUUCGUCAAAAAUUCUGGAUUCUCGGAGGUCGGAAUCUCCUUCGUCAGGUGUACCACCAAUGUCACACCUGCUUCCGACGAAAGCCAACUCUCGUGCAACAAUCAACAGCCGAUUUACCAACCUCACGAGUAACUCCAUCCCGUCCAUUCUCUGUAUCGGGAGUGGACUACUGCGGUCCAAUUUACCUCAAAGGAGCACACCGCAAGGCUGGACCAGUGAAGGCAUACAUCGCUAUUUUUGUAUGCUUCUCCACCCGAGCGGUCCACAUAGAACUUGCUCACGAUCUUUCGACGGCAGCAUUCCUUGCUGCACUCCGAAGAUUUGUUGCUCGUCGCGGUAUGGUCUCAGAGUUGCAUUCUGAUAACGCGACCAACUACAAGGGAGCUGCAAACGAGCUCAACCAAGUGUACCGAAUGCUCAAGACAAACGAACAGGACCGCAAGCUUAUCUUCAACUGGUGCACCAACAGCAACAUCGAGUGGAAGUUCAUACCACCCCGCGCGCCCCACUUUGGUGGACUAUGGGAGGCGGCGGUAAAAUCGACGAAAAAUCAUCUACUGAAAGAAUUAGGCACAACAACAGCCACCCAGGACGAAAUAAUAACUCUACUCGCUCAGGUAGAAAUGUGCCUGAAUUCCAGGCCAAUUACCCAGAUGUCACCCGAUCCAGCCGAUUUGGAAGCACUCACUCCAGGUCACUUCUUGGUCGGCUCCAAUCUUCAAGCGAUUCCCGAGUGCGACGUCAAACCAACACCGGACAACAGGCUGUCACGAUGGCAGUUAGUGCAAAAACGAGUCCAGCAGAUUUGGAGAAGGUGGUACCCCGAAUAUCUCCAACAACUUCAAGCCCGCCAAAGGCUGUCGAUUGCCCGUUAA